AUGGAUCAAGGCGUGGAAUGGCAUUCCAUGGAUAGGGCUCAACGCCUUGAUAAAAUCUUUGAGUUGUAUGACAAGGCUCAGAAAGAGAACAAGAAUAAAUUAGAAUCCAAAGUAGCACUCUCAUCGGAACCAUUCGAUUAUCGGAUUAGUGAAGACAAACCCAUUCAAAAGGAUCGUGUCAUUUCAUUCAUUCCCGAUUCUUAUCGAACCAAUGAUACCAGAGAAGAUAUUGUUUUGGAAUAUGUUGAAAAUUUCAACCAACAAUAUUCUCAAUUAUUCAAAGAUCGAAAACCACUCAUGUUGUAUCCAGAAAAUGAAGUAGGAGUUCAUAAAUUCAUUUGUACAUAUAUCAAACCAACCUUGUUACCCUAUCCAGAUCUUUAUGAUGCUAAAGGUAUUGCAACAUUUGUACAUCAUCAUACGACCUUUGAAUCCCUUGACAAACCCUUUGAAAUUCCUCAAGUGGUUUGUAGUCCAACCACCACUCUCUAUUGGCAAAAAGGAAAUAGUUUUGAUUUGUCCAUUCUCUUGACCUCUCUAUUGAUUGGAGCUGGAUUUAAUGCUUAUUGUGUCUCUGGUUAUGCUAAAAAGAGUAUUGUAUUCAAUGAUCAAACUCAACGAUUAUUUCCAUUCGAAAUUGAACCUGAAGAAGAAGCAGUGAAAGAAGAAAAAAAAAUAUUCAAAGAAAGUAAAUACAAACUCAAAGUUAGACCCAACCUGACCAGUCAUUUCAAAAAAGAAGAUUAUCCAUUGAAACAACAUGAUGAUGAUAUUGAACAACAAGUACAUCAAGUUCUCAAUCCUACAUCAAAUCCGAAUGCAUCCAAUAACAGCCAUUCAGAUAUGAGUGAAGAAGAGGGUGUGAGUGAACACAGUACUUUACCUAAAAUUUUAAAUUAUGUUCAUUGUUGGGUGGUUGUAUUACCAGGAAGAAGAGAUAUCAAAACUCCAUUCUUUAUUGAACCAUCUACAGGUGAAAUUAUUGAAUUGAAUGAAAUUGAUCAGUUAGGAUAUUAUGGAAUUGAAAGUUUAUGGAAUCAUGAAAAUUAUUGGUGCAACAUGUUUUUUGAAAAGAAAAUUUCAAAUAUUAUUUUCGACUUGAAGAAUUUACAUCAUUGGGAAUAUAUUUUUAUUAGAAAUACAAAGAAUGAUGAUAAUUUUGAAGAAGAAGAUGAAACAUUACAAGAAGAAAAAAGAAUUGAAUUUCUCACUGUGGAAGAAGGUGAAUAUGAUGAUGAUGUGUUAGAUGUUCCUACUUCUUGGGUUGGAAAAAUUCAAAUUUCAAAACGAAAAUAUGAAGAUCGAUAUCCGUUGAAUUACAAAUGUGUUGAGUAUUCAAAUGCUACUUUGGAAUUAUUCUCUCCAUACUAUCGAAAAGAUUUGAUCACGAAAAUGAUUACUUGCUAUUUGGAUGAGAAUAGAGAAAGAGUGCAAGAAAUUCACUAUUAUUUUAAUCAUCGAAAAGAUUUACUCAAAAAACGAUCCAUCUAUUUCAUUUACUCUCCAUAUUCUGAUCAUGUCAUGAGUGCAACAACAACCACACCAUACCACACCACCACCACUGUGAGUUCUCCUAUUAGAGAACGCAUUCAUGAAUGGUUUGAACCUGGAAGAAAGACCACAUCGAACUUUGAGGCUCUUAAAGAAUUUGUGUAUGAGAAGGGUGUUCGAAGAGAAUAUAAAUUUUAUAGUGAAGCUCGAUUGGAUGGUUUGGAGAAGAGAAUUGAAUUAUUUGAUGGUUCAAAGAAUUUAUUUCAUCCCAAGAAAGUUCUUGAAUUUUAUCAAAAUAGAAUUGAAUUUGGAGAUUUCUUGUGUUAUCGAUCAGUUUCCUAUGAUAUUGAGAAACCAACGAUUGGAAUGUUCACCAAUAAUAUUCAUUCGAUCCAUCAUGUGGGUGGAGAGGAAGUAGAUGGAUCCAUGAACAACAUGUAUGGUCCAAUUAUUGGAGAUGUCAUGAUGUCAUCUGGCAAUGAUCGUAACAACAACAACAAUUAUGGCAAUAACAACAAUACACUUAUUGAGCAGCAGCAGCAGCAACAGCAAUACUCGACCACCACUACUACUACUGAAUCUACCAUGAUGAUCCCAUCGAAUACUACAACUACUACCAACAACAACAUAUUGUUCGAUAAGAACACGUUAAUGAUGGAUGGUGCUCUCACUCGUCGUAAACAACUCAAUGAUUCGAUCAUUGUCAAAAUGACUGAAAAAUUCACUCGAGAUGAAAGCAAAAACGCCAAUGAAGAUGUUGCCAAAAGAACGUUCUAUGUUGUGGAUAAAAAGAUUCGUUUAGAGUAUCAUUAUGGUGAAGGAAAGAUUACUCGAUCGGUUCGUGAAUACACAAAAGAUGGUGGUUUCUAUACUGAAAUUAUUGAUCCAUUUAUGCCACGGCCAAAAUUGGUUGAAACGGUGGAAGAAUUUCAUUCUCUUCUUCAGACGGAGAUUAAAUGCAAAGAAGAAAUUGUGAAAAGUACAUCCGAGAUGGCUAAUAUUCUCCACACUCGAUACAGUGAAGAACGUAAUAUUCAAUCCACCACUACCAUUUAUGAUGUGGAAAGAAAUAGACCUACCAUGGAAGAAUUACGUUUAUUACGAGAAAAGGAAAGAGAGCUAGAAGAGCAACGUAAGAAUAAGGACCUCGUAGAUCAUCUCAUUCCAAAGGAUGGUGUUAAAUCGGUACAACAAGCUGAAGAAAUCUAUUACACUGUCAUGAAAGACCUCAAAGACCAGUUAAUGAUGAGAAUCAACAUUAUCGAGGAAAGACUUCAAAAGGAGAAACAAAAACUUGCCAGAAGAAGAACCAUGUAUCAAAAGAGUCAAGAAGGAGUGGACAGAAAUAGUGAAGAAUAUGUUCAAUUUUGCCAAGAUACUCUUUUCAAGAUUAAAAUUCUCAAGCAAAGAGCAGAAGAUCACAAUGCAAGGGCAGCUAAGAAAUUCGCUGAACUCAAAGAGAAGCUUCUCAAUCACAAACAACUGGCUGGUUUUCUCAAGCACUUAAGAAAGAAGAAUUAA